AUGUCGUCGUCAAACUCUUCUUCUUCACAACCAAAACGUCUUGGAAGAAGAGUUUUCCCGAAUCAACAAUCAGAUCAAAUUAGACGAUCACAGCAGUUUUUGCAUUAUGUACCACCACCAGAACCUCCGGUCGAUUAUACUAUUCGAGUCCCUCAAGAAAAAGACUACAAAGUCAUUGGUGACGUGUUUCAACGUCCCUCAUCAGUAGACUAUUCGAAAGAAGAAGCACAUUUGACAUCAUCAUCUAAAGGAACUCCUCGAUUAGGAGGACGUCGCAAUACUGUUGAGGAAGUACUUGAUGAGUUGGAUACUGUACUUUUUGAAGCAUCAAUUCCAUUUGAUGAAUUGAAAAAGAAAGUGGAAAGAUUCAAUUUGACUUUCAAGCCAUAUGCACCUGAAAUUACAGUUGAUGAUCUUCCAGAAAUACCAUAUACUACAGACAUCAAAAGAAUUCCAAAACUCGAUGCAAAACCAACAAAAGAGACUAUUCAAGAAGAGAGAAAUCGACUGGAAAUUGAGAGAACUUAUAAAAAAACGCUAGAAAAGAUUGAAGCAGCGAAACAACACUUUUCCUCCCAAUACUUCAAAGAUCAAUUCGAAAGAGAAGGAAUUCCUCAUUGGAAACGAAAUCUUCUUGCCGAGAAGAAAUCGAAAGAGACUAUUCGUAGAAUUGAACAUGAUGCAUGGCUGGAAUUUGAGAGAGUCAAACAGAGAUUGUCUGCAAAACCAAAAGUGAAAAGAUCGUCAAGUGUUCAAUUAAGAGGACCAAGAACUAAGUCUGAAUCUUAA